AUGAUCGAUCAGUCCGUCCAGCUGGAAGCUCCUCCAGCCAAGUCGUGUGGCGACAAACUUACUGGGGCUCUUCUUGAGCAUUGGACUGUGCCCGAAAAAAUUCGGUCCGACGAGCAGGACGCAGCCGAGAAGUAUCUGCUUACCGCCUAUAUCUUUGGCAAAUACAUGACGCUGCCGUGGUUCAACUUCAACCGGUGGUACCUCUUCUUUGCUAGUUUCAUGGUGCAAUCCUGCAUCGGCUCGCUCUACUCCUGGUCCGUGCUCAACAACCCCAUUGACAUGCUCAUUUACGGUGACAAGAACAAGGGCAUGGCGGUCAACGCUUUUUACAUCGCUGUGGGUGUCUUUGGCACGUCAACGGCCAUUAUGGGUCCGUGGAUCGAGCGCAAUGGUCCUCGCGCCGGCGUCAUGCUAGGUGCCACGUCCUUCUUUAUCGGGUGCAUCAUCAGCUGCAUCUCGCUGCACGCCAAGUCGAUCGUCGGGCUUUACAUUGGGUAUGGACUCUUCUGUGGAUUCGGUAGCGGUCUCUGCUACAUUUCACCCGUGUCGGCCCUGCAGAAGUGGUUUCCAGACCACCGAGGUGCCGCUGCUGGCUUUGCAGUCGGUGGCUAUGGUGCUGGGUCUGUAGUCUGGGGCAAGGCUUACCUCCCGAUCAUCGAUGCAACUAGUGUAGCCGACCUCUUCAUCGUCAUUGGAUGUGUCAUGGUAGUGACCCUGUACGCCUGUGCAGUCCGCCUCCGCAACCCCCACUGUUCCUUUCAAAGUUGUGGGCUCAACAUGCACGGUGAAGUCGUUUGCGAAGUGCAAGGAACUUUCCAGUGCCUUGAGAAAGAUAAUGAUGUGUCGGUCAGUGGGUACGAACCGGCCACGACGCCAAGAGCCCGUGAGGUCGAGGAUACAACCACUUUAAUUGCGGACGAGAACACCAACUCACGAGUGAAGAAGUUGACACUCAUCCAGGCCAUCACGUCGCCUGACUUUAUCUUCCUGUACAUUGCGUUCUUCGGCAACCAACUCUACGGUCUUAUCGUCUUGUCCAAGCUUUCGACCAUGUGCACCACGCUCUUCAACAAAACGGCCAACGACGGUGCCAAUAUCGUGUCCAUUAACAGUGUCUUCAACUGCGUUGGUCGGCUACUCUUUCCUCUCAUCUCGGACCUGAUCGUGCGCAGAUGUAAGGUCGAGCACGCUUUUGCGCGCAAGUGCCUUUUCUUCUUUGGAUUGGCCUCGCAGAUCACGAUCAUCGCUAUCUUCCCAACACUGAUUCGCAGCGAGAGUUACACGGCUUUUAUCGUGCUUGUGUUCUUGCUCACAUUGUCGUACGGAGGCGGAUUCGGCACAAUCCCAUGCUUCCUGACUGACAUGUUUGGUGCGUAUAAUAUUGGCGCACUGCACGGCUUCAUCCUGACGGCGUGGUCGUUGGGUGGCGUAGCUGGUGGGCUCAGCUUCAACGCAGAGUACAACUCGGCUAUCGAGAAGGGUGAAACUCCUGAAGACGCAUACGUGGACGGUAUUCACAAGAUCCUCGUGGUAGUUUGCAUCACGAGUAUCGCUAUCUUUAUGGUACGCACGAACCCGCGCGACCGAUUUGAGAGGGGCUAUCACUACACGUUGUUUGACAGACGAGUGAUCAGUAUAUUGCCCCGGGAUUCCACCACAAAGAAAGAGGGUCCGCUGCAGAGUGAUGCCUGA